GUACGAAGCACGGCCGUGAACAUGCUGGUGCCACCGGAUAUGAUGUCCGCACAAUCCAAGAUUCUCUACCAGAUCAACAAAUACUACGGCGAACGUGUCCAGAACCGUAUGAAUCAGAUAUCCAAGACGAUUCGGGAGGUCUGCAAGGUCAUACAAGACGUGCUCAAGGAGGUCGAAGUGCAGGAGCCGCGUUUCAUCUCAUCGCUCACGGAAUGCAAUGGACGGUACGAGGGACUUGAAGUAAUAGCGCCGGGCGAAUUCGAAGUCGUGCUCUACUUAAAUCAAAUGGGCGUAUUUAAUUUCGUUGAUGACGGCACCCUGCCAGGUUGCGCGGUGUUGAAAUUGAGCGAUGGCAGAAAACGUUCGAUGUCACUCUGGGUCGAAUUCAUCACCGCUUCCGGUUACUUGUCAGCCAGGAAGAUAAGGUCGCGGUUUCAGACUUUAGUAGCCCAGGCAUGCGAUAAAUGCGCCUACAGAGACAGCGUCAAAAUGAUCGCCGACACGACAGAAGUAAAAUUAAGAAUAAGGGAACGCUACAUUGUACAAAUUACACCUGCAUUCAAAUGUUCCGGAGUAUGGCCAAGAUCGGCAGCUCACUGGCCCAGCCCGCAGAUACCUUGGCCUCAUCCAAAUCAAGUAUCCGAAGUCAAAACCGAAGGAUUUGAUUUGCUAUCAAAAGAAAGUAUGGCGCUUCAGGGCAAGCAAUCUGCGAUGGAAGGUGACGCAUGGGUAUUGAGUUUUUUAGAAGCAGAAAAUCGACUUUUGCAAGGGGGAUGUCGUAGGCGCUGCCUGAGCAUAUUGAAGACAUUACGAGAUCGACAUCUAGAUCUACCCGGAAAUCCAGUCACAUGUUAUCACAUCAAAACAUUACUAUUAUACGAAUGCGAAAAGCAUCCUCGAGAAAUUGAAUGGGAUGAAUCAUGUCUCGGCGAUAGAAUCAAUGGUAUAUUUCUUCAACUUAUCUCGUGUCUACAAUGCAGGAGAUGUCCGCACUAUUUUCUGCCUAAUCUCGAUCUAUUCAAAGGACGAUCUCCAACGGCUCUCGAAAACGCGGCCAAACAAGUGUGGAGACUUACUAGAGAAAUGCUGACUAAUUCGAGAUCUUUAGAAAAAUUGUAA